AUGGCUGUUACCACCGUCGCUCAACCAAUUAUCCCAGAAGGGGGUGCUACCCUCAAAUUGAAGAAGAAGUCUCUUGGCUGGGACUACAAUAAUGACACGUUGAAAGGUGUCAACUUGGGUGGUUGGUUCGUGUUAGAGGCCUACAUCACCCCCAGCCUCUUCAAUGUCUUUGGUAGCUCUCCCCCAGUGGAUGAAUACCAUUACACCCAGACUUUGGGUAAGGAAGUCGCCUUGAGCCGCUUGAAUCAGCACUGGAGCUCUUUCUACACCGAAGCUGACUUUAAGGAUAUUGCCGGGUUCGGGUUAAACGUGGUGCGUAUUCCAAUCGGUUACUGGGCUUUCCAGUUGCUUGACAAUGACCCUUAUGUCCAGGGCCAGGAAGCCUACUUGGACCAGGCGUUGGGAUGGGCCACCGCUGCUGGUUUGAAGGUCUGGAUCGACUUGCACGGUGCUCCAGGAUCUCAAAAUGGGUUUGACAACUCGGGGUUGAGAGACGUGGUUGGCUUCCAGCAAGGUAACAACGUCAAUGUUACCUUGUCCGUCUUGUCUUACAUCGCCAACAAGUACGGAGGCUCCGAUUACGAAGGUACCGUCAUUGGCAUUGAGUUGCUCAAUGAACCUCUUGGUCCAGUAUUGGACAUGGGCAACUUGCUUGAAUUCUACCAACAGGGGUACAAUAACGUCAGAGAAACUGGUACCGACAAUGUUGUUAUUCUCCACGAUGCUUUCCAGGCGCUCCACUACUGGGACUCCUACAUGAAUAUCCCAGACUACUGGAACAUCGUUGUUGACCACCACAACUACCAGGUCUUCUCCGACGGCGAAUUAUCUCGUACCCUCGGUGAGCACAUUCUGACUGCCUGUAACCUAGGCUGGUCCACCAAGGGCGAAUCCCACUGGAGCGUUUGCGGCGAAUGGAGUGCUGCCUUGACUGACUGUGCUCCAUGGCUCAACGGUGUUGGCCGUGGUGCGAGAUGGGAGGGUGCCUACGAUGGUGCUAGCUAUCACGGCUCUUGUGCCGGGACCCAAGACAUCUCCACCUGGUCCCAGGAAACGAGAGCCGGGUACAGACAAUACAUCGAAGCCCAGUUGGACGCGUAUGAGUACUCCGGCGCCGGCUGGAUCUUCUGGUGCUACAAGACCGAGGGUGUCGCUGAAUGGGAUUUCACCAUCUUGGCCGGUAACCAGAUCUUCCCUAUUCCUCUCGAUAGCCGCCAGUACCCUAACCAGUGUGGGUUUAACUAA